AGAGCACAUACAUGAACCAUUUCUUUGCAUUGGAAAAGAGACAGAUAUAAGGAGAGGCGCAUCUACUGGCCCGGCCCAGAAGACCAAGGCUCGAAUGUGUAGCAGAUCGAAUCUCGAGGAUUUGGCUGCUCUCCUACUCCAACAGCAUUAACGUGACCAAGUGAUUCUCUCUACCUCCUUUUCAUCCGCGGUAUCGAUAAACUGAAUGGUUGUGUGUUCCGCCAAAAUGCAUUUUUCGUAAAUUUUAUAAGAACUUAAUGGUAAUUAUUAAAAUUGUGCAAAAGAGUGCUUUAAUUGAAUCUGAUUGCGCGAAUCAAAAUGUGCAUCAAAAUGGGUCGCGAUAAAAGGCUGCCAGCUGAGAUCAUCGGCACAGGAGUUAGUACUAGAUGCCCAAAUGGUAUUAAAUACACAGCGCGGGAAAUCAAACGAUAUUCGGAGAGUUAAUGGCAAGAGAGAGCCGAUCAAAAUUGUUACUCCAAUGCCACGCUAUAAAUAGAAUGGAAAGCACCCACACAGCAACGCCACCGUGUGUGUGUGGCGAGAGCGAUAGCCAAAGAGAAGAUUCUCUCUCGCAUAACACGCUCCCCAAACAGGUUUUGAGCAAGAGAAAGAGAGAGACGACUACAAUUCGAUUUCGACACACUUUUUUCCUGCUCCCGCAACAGUUUUUUGCGCCACUCCACACGAUCCGGAGCUGUUUUGGUGUUUGGUGCCUGUUUGUGUGCCUAAAAACCUGCAGCAGAUUUGUGGAAACCGAAAUCCAACGGUCCCGCGCCAGCAACCAAGUGCACAAUUAUUGAUGUCAACAGACAGCAGCGGGAGAGUCGCAGCCUGCAAAAAGAGAGAGAGAGGAAGAGCGAGCGAGAUUACACUCACUGCGCAAAAGAAACAACGUAUCUGUAUGUGUGAGCAGUAUAUAUAGAAAUGUACUCUGACGAUGACGGCAAACAGUUUGAAGACGGCGGUGGGCAACUGCGCAUAAGAAACGUUUUGACUCUGGAGGAGCGAGUGGCGGUCAUUCGACAGUACGACAUCUUGCCUAUGUACAGCAAGAUAGCCAAGAACUUCAACUGCAGCUGGGAGCAGAUCAAAAGCAUCGUGUCCAAUCGGGAGGCUAUCAUGGAGUUCUACGAGGCCUCGCGCCGCCAUAACGAUCUGCCAAACGAGGAGUUGCGCAGGCGCAAGCUCAACUUCCUGGGCCACUGCCUGUACGAGUACAUACAAAGAGCCCAGUACUAUCUGCAUGCCGACAUUAACGAGGAGCUGAUCCGCAACCAGGCCGUGGAGUUUCGGGAUCUCAUGCAGAUCGAGGGCUUCAGGCCAACCAAACCGUGGAUCAAUCACUUUAAGGCUGCCUACAAUAUCACGCUUUCGAAUCGACAAAUCACUAUGACGCGUAAGCCACCGCGCUCCUUGGACCUCAGCGAUAUCAUGUCCUACUGCGGCCGGCACACGUCCAUGUCCCCAGCAGCUUCUCCAACUACGAGCAAUGAAGCACAUUUGGCUUCAGCACGCUCCCUGUACCGCACCAAGACCCUUGUGGCCGCCUCUAGUCAGAACCAGGCCACCCUGGUGGAGGUUCAGCAACGUCGCAAGCGAAAGAUUAACUUUCUGGAGAAGGCUCUGUACGAGUACAUCGAACGCUCACAGAUUCAUCAAAAAGGACGGCUCGAUCUGGACAACCUGCGGACUGUGGCCAUUAGUCUGCGCGACAUACUGAAGAUUGAGAAUUUCUUUCCCGACAAGAUGUGGUUCAACCACUUCAAAAGCCACUACAACUUUAGCUUCUCCCAAGGCGUCACCCUGACCCAACGGAGAGUGCCCUUAUCCCUGGACCUGCGUGACAUCGUCAGCUACUGCGGCCGGAACGAGCAUCGCUUUGCGGCGCAGGAGCGGUCUAUUGCAAAUGAAAGUGGUGAUGUUGAUGAGCAGUCUAUUAUCCAUCUGCCGAAGUUGGUUCCAAAGACGGAUACGGACAAAGCGACAGCAAAUGAAAGUUGUGAUGUCGAUGAAGAUGAAGAUGAAGAUGAUGACUGCAUCGCCAUUGAGGUGCAACCCGAACUGAUAGAAAUCAACGACGAUGAAGAUGAACCCGAGAAAGCCACGCCCCCAUCAAAACAAAAGAGGUUACACUCUUUGGACGAGGUCGCUCCACUGAAGAUACAGAAAAUUGAGUCCAUCCACAGCUCUACAGGUGCUGAACUAGAUGCUGCUCCUGGUCCAGGCCACUACUCUGAGACAAGCAACGAGGCAGAGGCACGACUGCCUCGUUGUGUGGAGAACUAUCAGGAUGCAUUACGUCUACUGAAGCCCCUGGAGGACUUUGCUCUCAUGGAGGAGAACUAUCGUGCCAUUGGCCUGCUUACCCAGCUGGAGCAGAUCUUUAAGGCCAAAACCUGAUCAGGCAAUAGUUAGAAGUUCAGGAAUCAGUGGAAAGAAAUUUAAAAAAAAACACCUGGCUAAAAAUGUACCAAAUAUACCUGAAGCUGAAUAUACGAAUGUACAUAUGCUUAUCGUAGAAUCGAGGCGGACUCGAAAACUUAGUUCCAUUUAGACAUCUCAUUGGAAAAAUACUGUAAUCCACUUUAAAAAAUUACUUUUAAAGUUGUAAAAACUAUAAAAUGAAUACUAAUUGAUUAACAGUUUUUGUAAAUUAAACGAGCGGGAACGACA